GCCAGCGAGCGCAGCGCGGCCGAAAGCUAUAGCUAGCCGAGCGCCCGCCCGAGGCAGGACGCCAACGCCACAUCCCAGCACCGCACCGCGAAGCAAACCAGAGAGGAGGAGACCCAGAAAAAAAAAGGGGGCGUGGAGUGGAGGCUGCGGCCGCGACGGAAUCACCGGCCCGGGCGCGGGCCGCCCACCGCCCAGCCGCCGCGGCUGCUGCCCACGGGAUAACCAUAGCCUGACGGGGCGCAUUGCGGACUACGACGGGCGGUGAGGUGAUAAAAGGGCCGGGCCGGGCGGGGCGGUGCGCGCAACCACCGCCGUGCCGCCAGGCUCCUCCUCCCCCUCCUCGUCGCGGCGAUGUGGACGCCGUCGCGCGGGAGCAACGCGCGGCGGAGCGGCCACCGCCGCAUCGCGGACUACCUGGCGGACGACCAGACCACCACCGCCACCACCACCGACGCCUCCGACAACGAGUCCUACACCACCGCCUAUGGGGAGGAGUUCUUUGCCGCCGCCGCCGCGGGCGGCGGCGGCAUGCUGCCGGCAUUCCUCGCGGACCAGAGCGACCUGGUGGAGGUGAUGCUCGAGCUGGACGAGGAGUCCAUGGUGGUGCGCAGCGUCACGCCCACCAGCGCCGCGCUCUACGGCGCCGCCUCGCUACCGGCGCCGCCGCCAGCGGGGUUCGGGCCGUCGCCGUCCCCGUCGCCGCGCCACCACGCGCCGUCGGAGGGCGGCGGCGCCGGCCGCCUCAGCCGGUGCUCGUCGACGUCGUCGCGGAUACGGCGGAAGUUCGCCUGGCUCCGGUCGCCGUCCCCGGCCCCGUCCCCGCGCCUCCCCACGCCCGCCGAGCUCCAGCGGGAAGCCGCCAUGGCGGCGCGCGAGCGCCGCCGGGAGCAGGCGCAGCUCAACCGCUCCCGCGCGGGCGCCAGGCGCGCGCUCAAGGGCCUCCGCUUCAUCAGCCGCACCACGGGCUCCGUCGAGGCCGCCGAGCUCUGGCGCCGCGUCGAGGAGCGGUUCAACGGCCUCGCGCGCGAGGGGCUCCUCUCCCGCGACGACUUCGGCGAAUGCAUCGGAAUGGUGGACUCCAAGGAGUUCGCGGUGGGCAUCUUCGACGCGCUGGCGCGGCGGCGGCGGCAGAACCUGGAGCGGAUCACCAAGGAGGAGCUCUACGACUUCUGGCUCCAGAUCUCCGAUCAGAGCUUCGACGCGCGGCUCCAGAUCUUCUUCGACAUGGUGGACACCAACGUGGACGGGAGGAUAACGAGGGAGGAAGUACAGGAGCUGAUCGUGCUGAGCGCCUCCGCCAACAAGCUGGCCAAGCUCAAGGAGCAGGCGGAGGAGUACGCGUCGCUCAUCAUGGAGGAGCUCGACCCGGAGAACCUCGGCUACAUUGAGCUGUGGCAGCUGGAGGCGUUGCUGCUCCAGCGCGACACCUACAUGAACUACAGCCGCCCGCUCAGCACGGCCAGCGGGGCCCAGUGGAGCCAGAACCUCGGCGUCGGCGGCACGCUGACGGUCACGGGAGGGGGAGGAGCGGACGGCGGCGCAUGCGGCGGCGGCGACGGCGACCAGGCGGCAGGCGCCCCGCGGGAGCGGCGGCGGCGGAGCUGGGGCGUGCGGAGGGCGGCGGCGCGCGUGCGCGUGGCGGCGGAGGAGAACUGGCGCCGCGCGUGGGUGCUGGCGCUGUGGUUCGCGGCGAUGGCGGCGCUGUUCGUGUGGAAGUUCGUGCAGUACCGGCGCACGCCGGCGUUCCAGGUGAUGGGCUACUGCCUCCCCACGGCCAAGGGCGCCGCCGAGACGCUCAAGCUCAACAUGGCGCUCGUGCUCCUCCCCGUCUGCCGCAACACGCUGACGUGGCUGCGAUCCUCCUGGGCCCGCUUCUUCGUCCCCUUCGAUGACAACAUCACCUUCCACAAGAUGAUCGCGACGGCGAUCGUGGUGGGGAUCACGCUGCACGCGGGGAACCACCUGGCGUGCGACUUCCCGCGGGUGAUCGCGGCGAGCCCCGAGGAGUACGCGCUGGUGGCCGGCGCGUUCGGCCUCGGCAAGCCCACGUACGCGGGGCUCCUGUCGGGCGCCGAGGGCGUCACGGGCGUCGCCAUGGUGGUGCUCAUGACCGUCUCCUUCACGCUGGCCACGCACCCGUUCCGCAAGGGCGAGCCCAAGGGCGCCGGCGGCGGCGCGGCCGCCGUCACGUCCAGGCUCCCCGCGCCGCUGAACCGGCUCACCGGCUUCAACGCCUUCUGGUACUCGCACCACCUGCUGGGCAUCGUGUACGCGCUCCUGCUCGUGCACGGCUACUUCCUCUUCCUCGUGCGCCGGUGGUACGAGAAGACGACGUGGAUGUACAUUUCAGUCCCAUUGGUCCUCUACGUUGGUGAAAGGAUGCUAAGAGCCUUGAGGUCAAAUGCUUAUACCGUGAAAAUUCUCAAGGUGUGCCUUCUACCUGGAAACGUAUUGACCAUAACAAUGUCAAAGCCCUAUGGAUUUCGGUACAGAAGUGGACAGUACAUAUUUCUUCAGUGUCCAAUGAUAUCUCCUUUUGAAUGGCACCCUUUCUCCAUCACCUCAGCUCCUGGAGAUGACUACCUCAGUGUUCACAUCCGAACAAACGGUGACUGGACACAAGAGCUCAAGCGCAUAUUUGUCGAGAACUACUUCUCACCACAUCUUAACAGAAGAGCUUCAUUUAGCGAGCUAGGUGCGGCAGAACCAAGAAGCUUACCAAAGUUGCUUGUAGACGGUCCAUAUGGUGCCCCUGCACAGGAUUUCAGAAACUAUGAUGUCCUACUUCUUGUCGGCCUUGGAAUUGGUGCAACACCGUUCAUAAGCAUCCUAAGGGAUCUGCUUAACAACAUAAAGAUAGCUGACGAGUUAAUGGACUUGGCAAUGGAGACUAGCAGGUCUGAGGACAGUGCCAACAGCUUCAGCGUGUCAACGGCAAGUAGCAACCGGAAGAGAGCAUACAGAACAAGCCGUGCACAUUUCUACUGGGUCACCCGAGAAGCUGGGUCAUUCGAAUGGUUCAAAGGGGUGAUGAAUGAGGUUGCUGAGAUGGAUAAGAAGGGUGUCAUAGAGUUGCACAAUUACCUCACAAGUGUUUACGAAGAGCGUGAUGCACGGACGACUCUGCUGUCGAUGGUGCAGGCUCUGAACCAUGCCAAGCACGGCGUCGACAUCGUCUCAGGAACCAGGGUGAGGACGCAUUUCGCCAGACCCAACUGGAAGGAAGUCUUCACGAGGAUCGCCUCGAAGCAUCCGAAUUCGACAGUUGGAGUGUUCUACUGCGGGGCGCCGAUGCUGGCCAAAGAGCUGAAGACACUGGCGCACGAGAUGAGCCACAAGACGGGCACUCGCUUCCACUUCCACAAGGAGUACUUCUGAACUCUGACGGAGAGAAGGGCCACACUGGACACCUGUUCUCAUCUGAAUCUGAUCUCGACAGCGUUAGGCACCGGUAAAGAAGAUAGAAAAAAGGAAAAAUUUUGCACAGAUGCAAGACAAACCAAGCUGACCUCUUCCUGAUCUGGAACUGUACAUACAUAAAGCAGCGCAGGGUAGUUGGUAGCACUUAGCACAAUUUAUAUAUAUAUAUAUAUAUUGUGACAGAAAAGAAAAGAGAGAAAAGAGAAAGGGCAGGGUAGAGGCUGCUGACUCGAAGGUAAUUGGUAGGCAUGGUAUACAUGUACACAGUAUAGUUAGGUAGGUAGUAGUAGCUGUAUGAACGAAUGAAUAUACGAGGAGCCACAUGCUGCCACUCUGAAGUCUGAACGUGCGUUGUUCAGGCA